AUGGCAAAGUCGCAGAUAACUGACGUCAAUAAACCCAAUUACUGUGCAUCUGCAUGCGGAAGUAUGCUGCCGGCUAUCCGCAAAUCUUGCAAGGCCGAGAAGACAGAGCUUCGAGCUGCUCGACUGCAGGAGUUCGAAAGCACAACAGAAGGCAAUAGAAAUGCUCUGCUACAUGACCAGAGCGCUCUUGCCGAGGCUACCAUCAGAGACGCUGAAGCUCGGAUGUCUGAGCGUCUACAAGAUAUCAUGUCCUCCAUGCGAGGAUCAUACAGUUUAAGCAAUCAUCGCUAG